AUGCCUCUCAAAUCCCUUGACAUGAACGAAACCGCUGGCCUUGGAAGCGUCUUCAAGACGCGCAGAUCACACAAAAAGUCGAGGAAUGGCUGUUCAAAAUGCAAACAGCGCAGGAUCAAGUGCGAUGAGCUCACGCCAAAGUGUUCAAGAUGUAAAAAGAUGAACCUAAAUUGUCAAUAUCCCCAAAAAAGUCCCAGCAGCCUGGCCUCGGAAGACUUUUGGAUAGACCCAUUACUUCUGCAGUUCGAAGACUUCCGAACAGACUGUGCGACGGCCAGCUCUGAAAAUUCUGACCAUUCGUCUGCAAUUGGUGGAAGUCCAUUGUCAUCCUCAUCUAGCACCCCACCAUCUCAAUCUCUACUUGCUGUACCGAAACAUAUCAAGAGAUCGGAUUCGCCCUUGCGAUCGCAGGUAGCACAAACGCUUGCACCCAUUGAAUUUGAGCUGCUUAAACACUAUCUUGAGCACACUUGUAGAGAUAUGACCGUCGACGAUGACGACCAGUAUACUCUACAGACCGGCAUUCCAAACUUGGCCUGCCAAAGCAAGCCUCUUAUGAAAUCCGUACUAGCAAUAGCCGCCGUAUGUAAGUGUUGUGAUAUUAUUAAACAGCCAUCAACAUCCCGCGAAGACCGUGACAAGGUCCUAGAGCUUCUAUCGCUCGCACACGGAUAUCACAUGGAGUCCCUGCGGGGCAUUCAAGCUACGCUCUCCGAGACCAAGCACUAUGACCAUGUUCUCGCUAAUGCGGCCUUGAUGGGGAUGUAUGGCUCUGGGAGCCACUGUGCGCGUAUAUGGUUAGCAAAGACGGCGACGUCGAGCGACCAACCGCUAGGCGAUUUUAUGCCCAAACACUCCCAGUGGAUAAGUCUCUUUCGCGCUGUCCAUCUUGCUUAUGGCGGGCUUCUCAACGACACGCAAGGGAUGGACGACAAUGUGGUCCAACUUAGCCCUGGCCGUCCGCUUGUUGACCCGAUAGCAAGCAGCGGUUCUCAGAUACAAUACGAAUACAAGAUUUCAUCUCGGGUCGAGCAGCAGAGAACACCGCCAAAUCACGCCCUGUUUUCGAUCCUGGCUGCUACUGUGGGGUCAGCACUAGACACUCUACGUCAGAAGGUCAGGGAUAUAGCUAUGGUUCAAGCGAGCAACGAAAUAAACAGUCACCAUACUUCAACCCCACCAGCCUCCUACGGAAACCCUGAUCUCCAAUCUUGUUAUACAGCGUUAACUCUCCUCGGUAAUAUUGUCAGCGAAACUUUUCCUACUGGAGACUCAUUACCAAGUACACCAGGCCGUGGCCAUCUCGCUUUUGAGGUCGAUAUUGAUCCUGUAGGACGGCUAUCAGAAGUUUCACCGUGGUUGCGGAAGUACACGGCCAGCAUAACCUCCAUGAUACCAUCGAGGCUCCCUCGCAGAUUCAUCAUGGCUUUUAUUCACAAAGCUCCCACCAAGUUUCUGAACUUGGUUGAAGAAAUUCUUAGCUUUAUGCAAGCAAAUACAGAUAAUGGCGAAGAAACUUGGACUCCUUCGACGCUGGAGCCUAGUAUAGCGCAUCAGCUAGCCGUAGAAAUUUUCGCCCAUUGGCUUGUUCUCGUCAUUCUACUGGACAACGUGUGGUGGAUUGGUGGCAUCGGAGCCUGGGAACUUGGGCGGGUUGUCUCCCUCAGAAAAGAUGCGCGGUGGCGCAUGUGUAUGUGGAAUCGAGACGAGGAUUGGUGGCCAGAAAGCAUGUUCGAAGUCAAUCGGCAUUUUGACAAGCAUCGAACAAAGAACUGA